AUGGGAUUUGAUUAGUAAUUGAUGGAACGAUUUGAACGUCUAUUGCCUUUAGCGUUAGAAGUAGAAGGAGGAUAAAUAUAUCAAUAGGAGUAUUAGAACCAACCCAACAACUCUCGAAUUUCAUAAGAUUCUUAUAAUCAAUCACAAUAUAAAAGAUAACAAAAAAAUUAGAACAAAGGAAAUAACUAAAUUAAGGAUGUUUCCUUACUCACCAAAGAAGAUAUUAAAGAAUAUUAUUUUGAUGUAUUUCUCAAAAAUAAGUGCGACAAAAUUCUAGACUUGAGAACCUGCUACUUAUAUUUUGAUAUGGUAAUUAAUUUAGGAUCUGAGAAUGCUGCUCUAAUAAUGCAAAAAGCUUGUAAUUAAACCUUGGAAGGUGUCAUAAAUAAAAACACUAUUUCAAUAGCUAAUAAUUUGGAUUAAAAUAAAUUAUAAAAAAGUAUUAUUGAGGCCAGAAAGAAAUAAUUUUAAAAGUUUUGUGAAGUGAAACCAUUUUGCAGGAAGUUUGAAAAGGAUCUCAAUAAUAGACUCAGCAAAAUCUAAGAACGAAUUGCAUCGGAACUAUCGGAUAAUGACAGUGCUUCCAGUGCUCCUAAUAUUUAGUAAAGAGCUGUUAUAAAGAAUAAUUAAAUGAAAGAUAUUAAAUCGAAAAUCAAUUAGCCAAAGCCUCAAAAGCCUAUAACUCAACAAGUAGUGGUUGAUAAACUAAAAUAAAAUCAAAAGGAAAUUCAAUAGAUUGAUAAUAAAAUAAAUCUAUAGACAUUGAAUAAAAUCAAAGGAGUAGAUAAAUAGACAGCACAAUUUUUAAUUGAUAAAAAUGAUAAUAUUCAUUUAUCUGACUUAGCAACUGUACUAUUAGUUUAUAAUGACCCAAACUUAGAUGAUAAACACAAAGGCAUCUGCUUUAGUUUAGAUCCACUAGUAUUGCCUAACUAGGAAGAAUUCAAACAAUAGGAGAAAGUGUGUUGGCCAGAUAAGUUUGUGAAUAGGAAUAUUAUACAAGAUACUGAAUUUGCCUAAAUACUAUUUGAAACAGAUUAUUUGCUAAAAUUAAUGAGUCUUGGGGUUUAAGAUGAUGGCAAAACUCCUUUUGUAUAUCCGAAAGAACUUUCAGAUAAGGGUUUAAAAUCAUGUAUAGCAUUUGGAUAGGGAAAAUUUAUAAAAUUAUUGUGUAGAUUUUGGUUAGUACCAUAAUAAUGCACUUAUCAAUUCUAAGAUAAUAAAUAUGUAGUGAAUGAUAUAAAAAUAAUGUGUUAAGCUAGACAAAUAGAGAGAGUUAAUUCAUAAUUGUAAGAUAAGUAAGCUUAGGAUAUCAACGAUAUGUCAUACUAGUUUGCUGAGAAGUUCACUGAAUUGUAUGAUUAAAUAGCAAUUCAUUAUCCAAUUUUUAAUAGACUUAAAUAAUUGUUCAAGGCUGUUGCUUUAGGUAAAUGGAUGUAUUCGAAUAGAGUAAGAGUGGAUUACCAAAAAUUAUAAUAAUCAAUUAUAAAAGUUAAUAAUCAGCCAAAAGUGAUUCCAAUUCUAAAGUAUGAGUAGAUUGGAGAUGAAAUGAAGAUACCAGUUAAUUACACAAAAGAGGAGAAGAUUCAGAAGGCAAAAGAUUAUUUGGUUGAGAAAGGCCAUCCAACAACUCAAAAUUUAAUUGACUAAGUAGUGUAGCAAAUUCCUGACUUGAAGGGAUAUUAGAUUUCAUAAUAAGUCUUUUAUACUCUUGGAGGUAUAGAUCCAAAUUGUUAGAAUAUGAUUGCUUAGGAUGUUGUGAAAGAGAAGAAAGGAUAGGAGAGAGAGGAAGAAGAGGUUUAGGCAGAGAUACCCUUCUUCCCUUGUAUAAAGUGUAAGGAAUGUUAAAGGAUGGUUGAAAAAUAAUUAAUUUAUAUGGAUCAAAGUAAAUGUUCAGUUCACAAUGAUUUUACAUGUUUUUUAUGUUUAGAAUUGGUGACAAACGAAGACAAGGAGCCGAGAUGUUGUGUAAUAAAUAAAUUCAAAUAUAUAUUUCACAAAGAAUGUAGCGAAGAGUAUGAGACAAUAUUAAAUAGAAAGAAAGAUAUAUUAGAUUUUUGA